AUGGCUUGUUGUUGCAAACUUCUUAGUGGCUUCCUGUUAUGGGCUCUUUUGAUGCUCUCAUGGUGUGAAGCUUCACGAAGCAGCAUUAAUAGAAUGUUCAAAUCCGAUAGCUUGAUCAAGCGAAGAGACGAUAGUACACGUUUGAAAAGCUUUGUAAGAGUCUCUUCGCAGCCUCCAACCACUGUUAGUGUGUCUGAUUUUGGAGCUAAAGGAGAUGGAAAAACCGAUGACACGCAGGCGUUCAUGAAUGCAUGGAAGAAAGCAUGUUCUUCAAGUGGAGCUGUUAAUCUCUUAGUUCCUGAAGGGAAUACUUACUUCCUCAAGUCUAUUCGAUUAGAUGGUCCAUGCAAAUCAAUUCCUACCGUUCAGCAAAUGGAUAACGUUACGUUUGAUAGCGUUAAUAGCCUAUCUGUAAAUGGUGGAGCCAGUGGAGCUGUCAACGGAAACGGCGAAACGUGGUGGCAAAACUCAUGCAAACGGAACGAAGCUAAGCCAUGCACAAACGCCCCAACGGCUCUCACUUUCUACAACUCGAAGAAUUUGAGAGUGAAUAACCUGAGGGUGAGAAAUGCGCAACAGAUUCAGAUUUCGAUAGAGAAAUGCUCCAACGUUCAGGUCUCAAAUGUAGAGGUCACUGCGCCUGCUGAUAGUCCUAACACCGAUGGUAUUCACAUCACUAACACCCAAAACAUUCAAGUCUCCAAAUCCAUCAUUGGAACAGGUGAUGAUUGUAUAUCUAUUGAAACUGGAUCACAAAAUGUUAAAAUCGAUGAUUUAACUUGCGGUCCUGGUCACGGUAUCAGCAUUGGAAGCCUAGGAGAUGACAAUUCAAAGGCAUUCGUAUCAGGCGUGACUGUAGAUGGUGCUAAGCUUUCAGGUACAUACAAUGGAGUUAGGAUCAAAACUUAUCAGGGAGGGUCAGGAACUGCCAGGAACAUUAUAUUUCAGAACAUUCAGAUGGACAAUGUGAAGAAUCCAAUCAUAAUCGACCAAGACUAUUGUGACAAGAGCAAAUGCACUGAACAGAAAUCAGCGGUCCAAGUGAAGGACGUGGUGUACCGGAACAUAAGUGGCACAAGCGCAUCGGACAUGGCAAUAACGUUGAACUGUAGCAAGAACUAUCCAUGCCAAGGAAUUGUCCUUGACAAAGUGAACAUUAAGGGAGGGAAAGGAAGUUGCAGCAAUGCUAAUGUGAUGGACAAAGGCACUGUUUUCCCUCAGUGCACAUCCACUUAA